GCAUCAACUCAAGCAUUGGCUUUGCAUCUUGCCCUCAAUUUCUCUCUCUAUAUUCAAGCUCUCCUCUCUCUCUCUCUCUCUGCAUUACCAACAUUCUUUAUAUUUAAGCAUCCUUCUCUCUCACUAUAAUCAAAGCUACUUCUCUCUCUCUAUACAAGUGUUGUAUUACUAAGAUUCAAGAAUUCCUCUCGCUCUCUACACCAGUGUUCAUUACUGUCUUUCCUUGGUUGUAGACAUGGCUUCGCCUCACUCUCUCUGUACUAUCUUCCUUUUGACACUAGCAUUUAUUGCUUGUGCUUCGGGCCAGCUCUCCCCUGGUUUCUACAAUGGAGUGUGUCCUCAGGCUCUGCCAACGAUUCAGAGAAUCGUUCGGGACGCCGUGCGGAAUGAGGCGCGAAUGGGUGCAUCGCUGCUCCGACUCCACUUCCACGAUUGCUUUGUCAAUGGUUGCGACGGGUCAAUCCUUCUUGACGAUACUUCGACCUUCACUGGAGAGAAGACUUCAAGGGCCAAUGCAAACUCAGCUAGAGGAUUUGAGGUGAUCGAUUCGAUCAAAACCGCAGUCGACCAAGCCUGCGGGGGGAGCGUGGUGUCGUGUGCCGACAUCCUUGCUGUGGCAGCUCGUGACUCUGUGUAUGCGGUGAGUGGCUCAUGGACGAACAUUGCUCUAAGCACUCUUAUCUUUGCUCGAGCCAUCACUCUAAAAAUUAGCCUAGAUAGCUAUACACAAAUCAUGGGUUCUUCCCACCCUAGCUUAUUAGAUUAA